AUGUCUUCCAAGAGCUUGCUAGUGCUGUUACUUGCAGUGGUGGUUCUCAUCACUCCUUCCCUUGGUGAUUACAUGAAGCCACAUCCUCAUGAGCACAUGGCUCCAACCCCAAUUGCUCAACCUCCCAAGGGAGAGAAGCCACCAACUCAUCAUGGUCACCACCACCAUGGUCACCACGUUGCACAUCCUCCGGUGGAGCAUGGCGAAUACCCUCACAAGCCACCGCAGAAGGUGAUGCCUCCGGCUUCAACUCCGUCAGAGAAGCCACAUGGACAUGGACAUGGGCAUGGGUCAGUGUUGUUUGAUCAGCUAGCAGGAGAGCUCAUGUUAUAUGUUAUUUGCUAA